ACUGAUUAGUCUGGGAUCAGCUUUUUAGUGUUGUGCAUUCCUCUGGAGGGGAUAAUGUGAACGAUUUGAGUUAAAUGUUAGUUCAUGGACCAGGACAUGCAAAUGAGAAUCUUGCACGCCAAAUCCUCUUUCAUCUGAAAAGAGAGAAAAGAGGCCAAACAGUACACCCUGACUGCAGUAUUCUUAUCGGCAUCAAAGUUCCACGAAACUUUCGGCUUCUUGAGGAGCUGGAGGAGGGCCAGAAGGGUAUUGGUGAUGGGACUGUCAGUUGGGGUCUGGAGGACGACGAGGACAUGACGCUCACACGCUGGAAUGGAACCAUUAUAGGCCCCCCCAGGACAAUUUAUGAGAACAGGAUUUACAGUCUGAAAGUGGAAUGUGGACCGAGAUACCCGGAGAUACCCCCGUUUGUCCGAUUCCUAACCAAGAUAAAUCUGAAUGGCGUGCACAACUCCAAUGGAGUGGUUGACAUACGUGCGGUGUCCUCGCUGUCCAAGUGGCAGAACUCGUACAGCAUCCGCGUGGUUCUGCAGGAGCUGCGGAGACUGAUGAUGUGCAAGGAAAACAUGAAGCUGCCGCAGCCCCCCGAGGGACAACUCUACAGCAACUGACCCCUCGUCCCCUGCCCCCUGCUCUUCGUCCAGACCCCCUAAUCUACAGGCACCUUCCUUCCAUACUGUUCAGCUCACUUCUACAACACAUACACACAUACGCACACACACUCGCACACAAAAACAUAUUGCAUGACACCACUCAUGCACACAGACACAUGACGUCCCACCGGCAUAUGUAUGCACAGACUCUUCCAAUUUUUUGCAAGACUCUUGAAAAAUGAAAACAGAUCCAUCCUCAAUACCCUUGCCCUGCUUCCAUGCUAUGCCCACUUCCUUUUUGCUGCAGCAGCCACUGAGCGCUACCCCCAGCAGGAGACUUCACUGGACAGAAGAGAUGGAUGCACAGGCGGGCAACACCCCCCAUGCAGACCAGACAUUAUAAUACGGAAAAAAAAGAAAAGCAAAUACUGUACAUCUUACUAUUUUCUUUUUUCUUUUUUUUAAUCUUUAUUUGUUAUACAUGCAGAUUGUGAAAAUAACAUAAAUGGUCUUAUUAAGUGUG